AUGUCGGUGUUUACAUUUUCCUUUUCUUAUGCUUUUCUCGUUACUCUCGUCGUCAUCCACCGAAUCACUUCCGAGCCGACGGAGGACAAGCAAGCACUACUCUCAUUCAUCUCCACCGUCCGCCAUGCCUCUCGUAUUCAAUGGAACUCCUCCGCUUCGGUUUGCUCAUGGAUCGGUGUUACCUGCGACUCCACCAACUCCUCCGUCACCUACCUCCGUCUCCCUGGCGCUGGACUCGUCGGAAUCAUCCCGCCUAACACCAUCGGGAAACUGUCUCAGCUUCGAGUACUAUCACUCCGAUCCAAUGGACUCACCGGUGAGAUCCCUUCCGAUUUCUCUAACCUCACUCUUCUACGUAGCCUUUACCUGCAAAACAAUAGAUUAUCUGGUGAGUUUCCGGCGAGUGUAUCGGAUUUGACUCGUUUAGCUCGUUUAGAUCUCUCGAACAACAACCUCUCCGGUUCCCUUCCCUUUUCGAUCAACAAUUUGAUCCAACUGGCUGGACUUCUGUUACAGAAUAACGAUUUUUCCGGCGAACUUCCGAGCAUUAAUCAGGAGAGUUUGGUCUCUAUCAAUAUCUCGAACAAUAAAUUGAACGGUUCGAUUCCAAGUAGUUUAUCUAGGUUUCCGGCGUCGGCAUUUGCCGGAAACAUUAACCUCUGUGGCAAACCAUUGCCUCCUUGCAAUAACGCAUUCUUCCCUCCGCCAAGUCCAGCUCCGUCUGCGCUCGAAUCUCCGCCAUUGCAGAAGAGCUCGAAGAAAUUAUCAAAAGGAGCAAUAAUCGCUAUAGCAGUUGGCUCCGCUUUAAUUCUAGCACUCUUGUUACUAUUUCUCCUCCUUUGUCUACGGCGGAAGAGAAAACAACAGCGCAAACAGUCUCCCAAACCAGCGCCACCGUCCGCCGCCGCCUCCAGAGGAAUUGCAGAAGCUGGAACCUCAUCGUCAAAAGACGAAUUAACAGGCGCAUCGAUAGAUGGAGAGAGAAACAAGCUAGUUUUCUUUGGUAGUGGGAUAUACACCUUCGAUUUAGAGGAUUUAUUGAGGGCAUCGGCGGAGGUUUUGGGUAAAGGGAGUGUCGGAACGUCGUACAAGGCGGUGCUGGAGGAAGGUACCACGGUUGUAGUGAAGCGAUUGAAAGAUGUGUCGGUGACGAAGAAGGAAUUCGAGACAACACUGGAGGUCCUAGGGAAGAUUAACAAUGAAAAUGUGGUUCCAUUGAGAGCUUUCUACUACUCAAAAGAUGAAAAACUGCUUGUUUCUGAUUUCAUGGCGGCUGGAAGCUUAUCUGCUCUUCUCCAUGGCAGUAGAGGCUCGGGCAGGACAUCGCUCGAUUGGGACCAUCGUAUGAGAAUAGCGCUGAGUGCCGCCAAGGGUGUGGCUCACUUGCACCUUGCCUCGAACGUGGUUCAUGGCAACAUCAAGUCAUCCAACAUCCUCCUCCGUGAUGCCACCAAUGCCGAUGCUUUCGUCUCAGACUAUGGUCUGAAUACGUUAUUCACUAAGCCAAGUACACCGAACCAUCGAGUUUCAGGCUAUCGGGCCCCGGAAGUUCUCGAGACUCGUAAAGUCACGUUUAAAUCAGAUGUUUAUAGCUUCGGGGUCUUGUUACUCGAGCUUCUAACGGGUAAAUCCCCUAACCAUGCCUCGUUAGGGGAAGAAGGCAUAGAUUUGCCUCGGUGGGUCCAAUCGGUGGUUCGUGAGGAAUGGACGGCUGAGGUUUUUGAUGCUGAGCUUAUGACGUAUAACAAUAUCGAAGAAGAGAUGGUUCAGUUGUUGCAGAUCGCGAUGGCGUGUGUGUCAACUGUACCCGAUCAACGACCCGCUAUGCAAGAAGUUGUGAAAAUGAUGGAGGAGAUGAAUCGGGUCGAAACCGAUGACGGGUUGAGACAAUCGUCGGAUGAUCCGUCAAAGGGUUCGGGUGGGCAUACCCCCCCGACUGAAACCCGAAGCUCACCUCGCAAUGUCACACCUUAGAUUUAACCCCAAAAUCGGCAUGCAAAUAGAUUAGAGAUUUUUUUUUAAUUUUUC